AUGGCGACUUCAAGAAGCAGCAGCGCAUGGUUCUCUUUGGCACACUGCUGGCUUGGUAUUUAUGCUUUCUCAUCGUCUUCAUUCUUCCCCUGGAUGUCAGCACGUGUUUAUGUUUCAAGGCUCCUUCUGCCAUUCAUGCAGUCGUAUGCUCGUUCUGGAGGAUUCUCCAUUACUGGAAAGAUCAAGACGGCCCUCAUUGAGAAUGCAAUCUAUUAUGGCACAUACCUUUUCAUCUUCGGCUCUCUUCUAAUUUACGUGGCUGUGCAUCCUCAGUGGCACCUCUCCUGGUAUGAGCUGCAAACCAUCGGCAUCACUGCGGCCAACACUUGGGGUCUGUUUCUUCUAGUGUUGCUGUUGGGCUACGGCCUGGUCGAGAUUCCUCGCUCGUACUGGGAGGCCUCGCGCCAGGGACACCUCCUCAUCAAGACUUACUUCAAAGCGGCCAAGCUCAUGACGGAGAAGGCAGAUUCAGAGGAGAACCUAGAAGAUGUCAUGGAGGAAGUGAGAAAAAUCAAUGAAUCGAUCAAAUAUAAUCAUCCAUUGAGGAAGAACGUGGACACCAUUCUCCGAAAGUGUCCAGUUGAAUAUCAGGAGAAAAUGGGCAGGAACAUGGAUGACUUUGAGGAUUUUGAUGAUAAACAAAACACAUAUCCUACUGAAAGAAGCCUUUCCAAACUACACAAGCAGGUGAUUUACGCCGUGCAGCGACACAAUCGCACCCGCGUUCAGUGGCAGAUAUUGCUGGAACAGGCUUUCCAUCUUGAGGACGUUGCUAAGAACGAAACCAGCACCUCUCGGCAGUUCGUUCACAGCUUUGCUCCUCCAGAACCUGUAGGCUGGUUCAGACGCUACAUUUAUACUCCCUCAGUAGAGUGGUACUGGGAGUGUUUGCUGAAGCAGUGGUUUUACCGUGUACUGUCUGUGGUUCUGUCACUCUUUUCGGUGGCUGUGGUUUGGUCCGAGUGCACUUUCUUCAGCACUCGUCCCGUUCUGUCACUCUUUGCUGUGUUUAUCCAGCUUGCUGAGAGGGAUUACAACUACCUGUACAUUGAGAUGGCGUGCUUCAUUACCAUCUUUUUCCUCUGCACCUGCGUCUACUCCACUGUGUUUCGCAUCCGAGUCUUCAACUACUACUACCUGGCCUCACAUCACCAAACCGACGCUUACAGCCUGCAGUUCAGCGGCAUGCUUUUUUGCCGCUUGACACCCCCACUUUGUCUAAACUUCCUGGGACUGAUUCACAUGGAUUCUGCCAUAUCCCACCAAGCAAAGGAGCAGACGGCAUACACCUCUAUCAUGGGUUCUAUGCGCGUCCUGUCCUUCAUUGCCAACGGCUUCUACAUCUAUUACCCCAUGCUGAUCGUCAUUCUCUGCAUUGCUACAUACUUCAGUCUUGGCACACGUUGCCUGAACCUCCUGGGUUUCCAGCAGUUCAUGGGAGACAACGAACUGACCUCUGACCUCAUAGAUGAAGGCAGAGAACUCCUGCGCAGAGAAAGAAGAAAACGCCAAAGAAUAGAAGAUGGGGAGAACAGACGAAGAGAAUGGAGAGAGCGUUAUGCACAAAGAGAUGAGACUGCUGCCAGAAACCGGAUGUCCAUGUCUGAGAUGAAGGAAACCAACUAUGGCGAAACCCUAAAUUCAGACACAAACCGGCAGGCCAAGUACACCCGUAGCAGCAGCCAGACAGGACGAGACAGCAUUGAGUUGUUGCAGGACGCGGAGCCGUUGGACUUUAAUGCUGCAACACUCAAUGAUGACCCUUUGCAAUCUGAACCUGGCAGACAUGGUGGAAGGUACCUCUCAAUGUCUUCUUCUCGAAGCCGAAUCUUUGAUGAUGUUUGAUGUUUCUCAGUUUGGUCAAAAACACUGUCAUGAGAAAAUAAGCUGAAUUUUACCUCUAAAACACUCAUCUCUACAGGUGUGGUCUGUCCCUAUCAUUUUAAACAUCUUCGACUUCCUGUAUCCUAUAAUGCAGUGUAUUCAUCUGCAUGCGUCCUGAUAAACACACAGACACAUAGAAAAAUGCACUUGUUUUGAAGUGCCAGGCAUUCAGACUGCUACUUGAGACAAAUGGGAAAUGUCUCUUUAGCUCACAGUUCCUUCAAGAAAUAAGUCAAAGUUAAUGCUGAACAGUCAAGCACUGAGUCAUAAAAGGUACUACAGAUGGGGAAGAUUUAGAUCAACACACUGUUUUUCAUCAUUUACUGCUGAUAGGUAUCAGGUAAUGUACCUGAGUGUUUACAUCAGUCAAAUAAAUAUGAACUGACGUCAAUGUGGCCAAUUUGUGUUAGUUGUUAUUGUGAAUAGAGAUUUUAUGGGUCUAGAUAUAAGUUGUCUUACAGAAUACUGUGCAGUUUUUUUUUUUUUUUAAACAUGUAAUUGUUUCAAUAUAGAGCCAGGGAGAUUGUUUUUAGGAUUGAGGCUUUAGAAAUAUGCAGUUAAACUAACACACAUAUUUAAACUUUCAAAGUGUAAUGGCUUUCCAGUAGUUCAUGUGGGAGGCAAAAAAAAAAAGUGU